UAAAAGUAAAGAAAAAACUUAAAAAAAAAAUGAGAAGGUGUGUCCAAACUUUUGACUGGUACUGUAUGUAUACAGUAUGAAGUGCUUGUAGGUGUCUGAUCCCUCCAGACCAUCUACCAGUUCCAUAAGUAGCCUUAUAUAAAACUACCACCAUAUAUGUAUACAGUAUGAAGCGCUUGUAGGUGUCUGAUCCCUCCAGACCAUCUACACGAGUUUGUUCCCUUCUACCUGACUUAGGGUUAGUCCACAGUGACAGAUGUAUGUGGUCAUCAGCUUCAGGGCAACGCCUUUAUCCCAUAAUCCUUUUCAGUGGAUUCCUUCUGGGCGUUGUGCCCCCACAGAGCAGUUCUUUUGCAGUCUGAGCAGAUGAAGGCGGAUUAAGCAAGACAUCGAAGUACCCCCUUACCAAACUACACUCCCCCCCAGAAUUCUGAACUGAAAGGUGUCAAAUGGGUGUUCCUGGGGACCUAUGGAAGGUGCUGGUGCUCUGGGGACUACUGGAACACUGGCCUUUCUGUUCAUCUCAGGGUCGACACACACUGCCGGUCUUGUGGAUUAUGCCCUUCACAGAUGAUCCUGGGUGUGGCAAUAUCACGGAGGCAACACUGCCAGCUGUCCACCUGGCCCAGCAGCACCUGAGGAAGCAACCCGCUCCACUAUGCAACUAUGAGCUGGAGAUUCACCUCGUAAACUCACAGUGUGACAAUGCUAAAGGCUUGAAAGCUUUCUUUGAUGCCAUAUGCCAUGGUCCAAAAUACUUCAUAAUCUUUGGAGGCGUUUGUCCAUCUGUGACAUCCAUCAUUGCUGAAUCUCUUCAGGGCUGGAAUCUUGUGCAGCUGUCCUUUGCUGUGACGGCAGCUGCAUUUGAGGAAAAGGGAAGGUACCCACAUUUCUUCCGAAUGGUCCCAUCAGAUAAUGCACUUCAUCCAGCUGUGAUUCAAUUUGUCAGACACUAUAACUGGAAUCGUGUAGGUAUACUGACUCAGGAUGGCCAGGGAUUUACUGAGGUGCAGAGAGAUCUAAGGAAGGGGCUGUUGUGGGCGCAGAUUCAGAUUGCAGCCACACAAAGCUUCAUCUAUGACCCCUCUGCCAGCUUGAGAAUGCUGAAGGAAAAAGAUGUGAGGAUCAUUAUUGGGCUGUUUAAAGAAAGCACAGCAGCUAGAAUCUUCUGUGGUGCUUACCAUCUGGGCAUGUUCAGCAGCAGGUAUCAGUGGAUAAUCCCUCGGUGGAACCAGAGGGACUGGUGGGUUAAUAGAGGCACAGUGAACUGCUCUUCGUUGAGUCUCCUUAAAGCCGUGGAGGGGUCCAUCAGUGUGGACUUUGAGCCUCUUAGUUCGAAGCAGACCAGGGGCAUUUCUGGAAUGACACCACAGGAGUAUCAGAGAGAAUAUGAUAUGCUUUGUGUUGGGAAAGGAGUCACGUCCAGCAGGUUUCAUGGUUUUGCCUAUGAUGGCAUCUGGGUUAUCACGAAAGCACUAGUGCGAGUGCUGGAGGCUGUGACACACAAUGACAAGUACAGUAAGCACCGCAACUACACAGUCAGUGACGAAGAGCUGUCUCAGAUGCUCAUUCAGGCCAUGAGUGAAACCACCUUUUUGGGCGUCACUGGCCAAGUGAUGUUUAGAAAUGGAGAGAGAAUGGGGAUCAUCAGAUUUACCCAGCUUCAAGAUGGCAGGGAAAUACAGGUUGGUGAAUACAACACAAUUGAGGACAGGCUGGAGCUUAGCAAGAACAUGCGGUUCACAGCAACAGGCCCCCCAAGGGAUAGGACUUUGGUGCUUCGUCAGAGAAGACAGAUAAACAUUGUGGUCUAUAGCAUACUGUCAGCUGUCACCAUAUUAGCCGUGCUAAUGGCCAGUUCUUUCCUGUUCUUCAACAUGAAACACCGGCAUCAUCGGGUCAUCAAAAUGUCCAGUCCAUUCAUAAACAACCUAAUAAUCUUGGGUGGAAUGCUCUCCUGCUCCUUCAUCAUCCUGUUGGGUCUCGAUGGGUCAUUAAUCUCAGAUGGAUCAUUUGAAACACUAUGCACAAUUCGCCCAUGGAUUCUAACCAUUGGGUACACCAUGGCAUUUGGUGCCAUGUUUGCCAAGACAUGGAGAGUACAUGCCAUUUUUAAAAAUGUGCAGCUGAAGAAAAAGGUCCUAAAAGAUCUCCGCUUGCUUGUGGUGGUUGGUGGAAUGCUUCUGAUUGAUGUGAGCAUUUUAACCUGCUGGCAUAUCAUCGACCCCCUGAGGAGGACAGUUGAAGAAUACAGAACAGAGCCUGACUCCAAUGGGAAUGAUAUUGCCCUUCAUACAUUCGUGGAGCGCUGUGAGAGUGCACACAUGAGCACCUGGCUGGCCAUUGUGUGUUCUUACAAGGGCGUUCUCAUGGUCUUGGGCUGUUUCCUGUCCUGGGAGACCCAGCAUGUCAGUAUUGCGGUCCUGAACGACAGCCGAUACAUUGGGUGGAGUGUGUACAAUGUGGGCAUCAUGAGUCUGAUUGGAGCACCUGCCUCCUUCCUCACAAGAGAGCUCCCCAAUGUGCAGUUCUGUGUCGUAGCCCUGGCCAUCAUCAUUGCCACUACUGGGACACUAUGUCUGCUUUUCAUGCCAAAGCUCCUCCUCCUGAACGCUGAGUCAGUGAGUCAGUUCCCUGGCUUUCCAUUCUGCCAGAGGAAGAUGGAGGCGGAGCCGUGGAGAUGUAGCUCCGCCCCCAACACCUCUGGCCUGGAGGAGCUACACAACUACAACCAGCUGCUCAGGAAACGUCUUCUGGAGCUUGACAGUGAGCUUGAGGAGAUCAACAUGCAACUUGGCAACAUACCAGUUCCUUGCAACCUGCUGGAAUCCAGUGCAGAAUAUGUUGUCAUCACCCAUGCAGAUGUAUCAGCAGGCAAAUGCAGUACCCUUCCUGAAGCCACCAAGACAGAUGAUGAUCACCUGAGAGACAUUAACUCACCAGAACGCAUCCAGCGCAGGCUAUCUGUGCAGCUGCCCAUCCUUCACCAUGCGUACCUCCUGUCCAUCGGAGGAGUGAAUGCCAGCCUCACCAGCCCCACUACGCCACUGGGCAGUCCUGCUGCCAGCCCCUAACACAGAUCACAAGUGUCUGGGCGCCACUGGGCAGUCCUGCUGCCAGCCCCUAACACAGAUCACAAGUGUCUGGGCGCCACUGGGCAGUCCUGCUGCCAGCCCCUAACACAGAUCACAAGUGUCUGGGCAUUAUUGCAACCUUGAGC